AUGGUCAAUAAGUUUUUAUCCACAGGUUUUUCUCAAUUGGAAACGAAAAAGUGUACAGGGGCUAUCAAUAGAUUUUCUGUGGCAUUCAAUAUCGCAUUUCUUUUAUCAGAUGAAAUUCGCGAAGAAUAUCGCAGAAGAAAUGGGGGAAGCGAUAACCUUGUACGUGCCAAUGACGUCUUUUUUGCGGUGCAUGCUUUUGGUGUCAGUGCCUUUACUUUAUACCAGUCGUUCAUAUAUAAGCGAGACAAAUACCAACGACUUUCUUCAACUGCUCGAGCUUUUAUAAUUCUGACAUUAUUCGGAAUAUUCUUGUUAUCAGUUCGAGUGCUUGACGGGAAAGAAUGGAUUGAUUUAUUGUACUUUUUAGGUUAUAUCAAGUUGUGUAUUAGUUUGAUAAAGUACUUGCCACAGGUGCGUCUAAAUUACAUGCGAAAGAGCACGAUUGGAUGGAGCAUUCAUAAUAUCCUAUUGGAUUUUACGGGUGGCAUGCUUUCUUUAUUUCAACUGAUAUUUGACGCGUAUCUCGAAAAUAAUUGGAGUGGUAUAUCAGGGGAUCCCAUCAAAUUUGGUCUAGGUUUACUAAGUAUCCUAUUCGACUUGAUUUUCAUGAUACAACAUUAUAUCCUCUAUCGACAUCCAUCUAAAUCAAGUAUCGAUGACGAGAUCGUGGUGGACACUACAUUAUCUGCUUCUAAUAAUAGCCACAGUAAUGAAGAAAAUGAACGACAGCCACUACUUAAAAAGAAAGAAAUUACGAACCAAGAUGAUCUCGUGACACGAUACGUGUAA